AUGACUGUUGAGUCGCGUUCGUCGGCAGCAACGGUGACAGAGACUCAAGGAGCAACAAUACCUUUCGAAAGGAGCAAUGAUGUCAUCAGAGAGGGGGCGCCACCGAGUGAUGCAGCAGACGACGCGCUUGCUAGAGAGGAUAACCACACGGGAACAGAGAUGGACCAUACGGUAGCCCAUACCGUGUUAGAGGCACCGGCGAGCAGCGCCUGCUUGGAGUUGCUAGCGACCAAUGCGAAGCCGGUCGAUGAUAACCAUCAACCACAGCACAGUCAGACACCGGAACACCUUGCUCCUGACAAACCUGAGGGGAUUUCAUUGUUGGGGCCGGAGGCCACGGAACAACCGUAUUGCGCGAAGACUUCGGGUCCUGGCGCGGGGCAAGAGUCAGAGGGCGAAGGAGCCGCGAGGAGCCUUGCUUCUGCCGCCUCACCGAGCGAUUCCGGGACUGCUGGGUUUGAAGCGCUCCCGUCUGCGACGACGGGAACGAGCGACGAAAAGCAGCAAGAAGAGCAGAAAUUGAGCGAUGUUGACAGUGUGGAUUCGUGCAGGGAUGAGGAGGUAGCUGCUUCCGACAGAGACGAUGGCGCAGGCCCACCGUCUGAGGGGCCAUGUUAUCGUGAAAGUGCCGCCGGCGACUCUGAAACGCUGUCUCCUGCCGUCGAGAGUGAAGAGGACGACUCUGUUGCACAGAAAGACGUUUCUGCGGCUCAGAAACGAUGCGAUAGCGUCAGAGAGGUAUCAGCAGGAGCGGACAGUAUGGGUACGAAGCAGAGUCCCGCAUCUGGCAACGACGAAUCCGCCCGCUCGACACAUAUCACAUCGUUGGAUGGUGUGGAGGAAAUGCAUCCUCUGCAACCACCCACCAGGCACGAUCUGCAAACGUCGUGUGGCUGUGCCAGUCCUACGGUGGAGGCCGUAACAGUGGGGAAGGACAGCGUCCAAUAUUGCGGUGGAGGCGAUGAAAACCUCCGAGGUUUCUUGCUAGUUUCUGGCGACGCGCAACACUUUGUGGAGGACGUUACUUCGAGCAGCCUCGCUGCAUUCUCGCGGGACAAGUUGCGCCGACCUGAACUUGCUGUCGAGAUGAUUCUACCCGGUGCGGCGAACGCGUCGAGGGAAACACCGCCGAUGGGACGGGGCGUUAACAGUGAGGAAGUUACUCGUCCGUUGCCCGACGAUUCUCAACACAACGAGCCCGCGCCGUCUCCAGAUUCAUCAUUGUGCAAACCUCCUCUCGUUGAAAUCACCGAAGGUUUAAUUUCUCGCGUUUUCGAGGUAGUGGCGGCAAAGAUGGCAGCUGCGGCAGCGGAGGCGUCCACGCACGUGGCGGUGCCGGAGGUGGCCACAACCGCGGAACGCUUGGAAUUGAAGAUACUGCCUGAGGUUGACUUCCCGUGUGACAGUCCGUCAGCAUCCGAAGGUAUGCCUGCCGAUGGCGCUAUCCAGCCGCCAGAUGAAGCCCGGCCGGACUUUGGUCAGUUGUCGUUGGGAAGCGAAUCCCCAGCGAAACAGGCGGACGUUAUGGACGACGAUCGAAAGUCGACCGGUGUACACGCGGCAGAAGUAUCGGGGGGAACAGGGGACGACCAGGAAGAAGCGACCGCACCGGCCACCCCAGCGACAGCAAAUAAUACGCCGCCGCAGCCUCAUUCUUCCUGCUCCCUUCCCGGUACGGUCGUGGAAGAGUACGGGUUGCACGAGAUACCCCGACUACUGGCUGCAGAGGUGGUCACUGCUGCCAUUGCUGCCGUUAUGCCUAUUUCUUCGAGCGCGUGCGAGCCUGCGAGUGUCACGACCGCACCUCCUCCGAGUGAUUCGGGAGCAGAGGCCGGCACGGAAACCACCGUCAAAGCCGACAGCCUCACAGCCGGCCAGGACCCCGCUUCCGACCUAGCGGCAAGCUCGACCAUCGUCGAGCAGGAUUCAGCGGAAGCGUGUCCGGCCGUCGGAGACGACCUAGUUGGUAGGGUCGAAAACGGUCUCGCCGUCGGCCAGGAAUCGGCUUCCGACCUAGCCCUAGCGGCACGCUCGAUCAUCGUCGAGCAGGAAUCGGUGGAAGAGAGAGAAUCGUGUCCGGACGAUGGAGAUGAUCUAGUUCGUAGUGUCGAAGAAAACCCUUGCGGCGAUGGACCACGCUCACCGACACCGCCGAGCACUCGCGAGGGAGAAGGGACGAGCACCAUCGACCCAGAGCCUGAGCGGGAGGCGCCCUCCCGCGCGGAAUCGACUGCUGGUGGUGAUCGCCAGCCUCGUCACGAUUCUCGGUCCGCAGAGGCGCUUCUCUAUCUGACCGAGGCCGGGUCGCGAGCCAAGUCUCGCCAGCAGAGGUCUGAGGAAAUUCGCGUCGACGCGUCCUCUUGGCUUCGAGACGCGGGGGGCAGGGCGCUUGCCGCCCAAGGAGAAGGGGAUGCAGAGGGUUUGGAACAUGCGGUAGUAGCGGAGUACGUGACAACCACUCUGCAAAGGGUUGUAGCGGAAGAGGCGGUCGCAGUUGCUGGCGUUGCCCCCGUUUCGCCGAGCGCAUGUGCUCCUGAAACUAAGACCGGAGACCAGGCGACACCCCGUGUGCCCCCCACUCUCGAACCGGGGACACCCGAGGGAGACCGGUUCAGCAACACCGGGCCGGGACUUCAUUCUGAGGCGCCGUGCUUCGUGCGUUCUGCAGCUGAUGGUGACAAAUCCCCUGCUCCUGGAGACAUAGACGCCUCGACUUGCUUGGCGGAGGAUGGGUCUCGAGCAAAGAGCCUCCGGGAGAACGUUGGGGACAACCGUGUGGACACUUCUCCGCGGCUCCGAGACACGGAAGAGAGGACCAACUCUCCGCAAAGCGUCGACCAGGCCGCUCUCUUGGAACGUGCGGUCGUGACAGACUAUCUGUCGGGCGCGCUGACCCGUGCUGUGGAGGCGGAGGCGGCGACUGCGGACGCUGCCCUGGAUGCCUCGUCUUCAGAACCUUCUAACGGUGGCAUGAUGGGAAAAGAUCAGGCUACACCUGGUGCGCCAUAUCCGCGUGGUGACACGGAAGACGCCAUUAACGUAGCGGAGAUUGGUGCCAAGGCCGACGACGAAAUAUCAAGCGGCGAGGAUCCCGUUCCCGAACUAGCGAUGCACUCCCCUGUUUGCGAGGCAACAGCAACGGGCGAGCAGGAAUCCCCAGACCACGGAGACACCUCCCCCAAAGACGGAGACGACCAGAGUGAUAAGGCCAACAAAAAUGGCUCCGACGGCCUCCAACUACCAACACCGCUUUGCACCCCAGAGGAAGAAGGGCCCAGUACCGACAAGUCCGAGAUAAAGCCGGAGGUUCCCUCCAACGCGGUUCUUACAGCUGACGGCAGCGGAUCCCCUGCUCCUCGGUCCACGGAGGCUUUGGUCUACCUGACAGAAGCCGGGGAGCGGGCAAAGAGUCUCCAGGAGGGCUCUGAGAAAGCUCGCCUGGAUGCUUCUCUUUGGCUCCGAGACACGGCGGGCAAGGCGCUGUCUCGGGAAUCUGUCGCGACAGCUGACCCGUCGUUGGACACACCGCCUGGCACCGUGACGGCAGAGUUGGCGGCCGCUGCCGCCGCUGCGUCGCCUCCGUCGACGGCGUGUACGCCGCCGGCUGAAACCACGGUGGAUGCGCAGAGCGUCCAGGCGGCGAGCACACUGUCUCCUACGUGUGACCCGGGGUCGCCCGAGAAACAAGAAAGGAUCAGCGACGCCGACCAGGAGCCUGGGCAGGAGAAGCCAUCUGGCGUGGUUUCAGCCACUGUUGGUGACGGUCAGUCCCCUUCUCGUGGAUCCACGGAGGGCCUGACUUGCCUGGAGGAGGGCGGGGAGCGAGAAAAGGAAAGCUCCGAAGGCAGGGGCGUCGAUGGUUCUUCUUUUGUCCGCGACACGGAGGGCAGGACGCCUUCCGUUGAAGACAAAAAGCAGGCCGCGCGUGCUGAAUGCGUGGUCGUGGAGGAGGACUUGUCGGAGACGAUGGCUAAGGAUGUAGGAGUAGAAGUGGCGGCCACUGCCACCACCACAGCUGCCCCGUCAACGCCUGGGGCAUCCGCCCCUGCAAGCGCCGGGAGAGACAAGGCGACGCUCGGUGCGUCUGCCCCCCGCGACCCGGGGGCGGCAGACGUGGCUGAAAAUGCCGUCGAGGCAGACGAUGUCACCACGACGGUACGUCAAGACUUCGAGUCCGCCCUGCGCUUCUCCAUCGUCGAGGCUAUGGCGGUGGUCGGGCAGGGAUCGGCAGGGCAGAGAGAAUCCUCCGAGAAAGGCGGCCGUUGUGUGAUCGACACGAGUCGCGAACGCCCGGGCUCACCGACGCCGCCAGGCACCCCGGAGGAAGACACGCCUCGCACGAGUAGCCUGGGGCUUGAUCCGGAGGUGACGUUCAACCCGGACACCGAUCCUGCUGACCGUGGCCAACCCCCUCCUCCUCAGCCCGCAGAGGCCUCCUCGGCUUGCCCUGCAGAGGUAGGGUUGCGAGAAGAAGCCUUGCGGGAAGCUUCGGGGUGGCUCCUCCUUGCCGGGGGGAGGGCGAAGUCCGCUCAAGAUCGCGCGGAAAGUGCCCGCGAGGAAGCUUCUUCGUGGCUCCGAGACGCGGGGGGCAGGGCCCUUUCCCUGCAAGGCAGGGACGAUGCCGAUCGUUUGGAAUGUGCGGCUUGGCUCCGCCUCACUGGAGGGAGGGCGAAGUCCGCUCAAGAUCGCGCGGAAAGGGCCCGCGAGGAAGCUUCUUCGUGGCUCCGAGACACGGGAGGCCGGGCGGUCUCCCUGCAGGACAGAGCGGAAGGCGUGCGUUCAGGUGCUGCCGCCUGGCUUGCCGCGAGGGGGGCGUCCGAGCUCGAGCAAACGGCACCGACCACGCGGCGUGCAGAAGACGCAACAGCGGAAGCAUCAGCAGCAGAAGUAAAGGGGGAAGAAGACGGCCAAGGGACCGGCGAGUCCAAGAGCUUGCAAGGGCCACCCACGCAAGAUGGAAGCCGGCCUGGAUCACCCUUUGCGAGCAGUCCAUCACAACCGGAGAAACCUUCUGCCGCCACCGCUGAAACCGAGGAUGUCGUCGCAAGGGCUGCCGACCAAGAGACCACCCGGGAAGCACCAUCCCACAACGCCGAGGAAGCCGUAACGGCAAAAGAAUGCUUCCCCACGGUUGGCAAGGACGACCGUGCUGAAAACAUCAACAACACCAGCACUCCUUCGCCGGCGCAUGAUCAAACCCUCAACCCUGCGGAAAGCGCCGCCGCCGCCGCCGCCGCCGCCCCGGUCGCCAUCACAACAGCAAACACCGCCGCCGUGUAUCCCACGGCCCAACUCACCAUUGGUCGCACGGCUUCAAGCGAUCGGACUGCCCCAGUACCCUGGCAAGAGCCGGCGACCACGCCACUUGAUCGAGGGGGCUCGUUUGCCCCGACCGCAGCGGGCCCGGAGGAUCUCGGCCGCAUGCUGGACGCGGGCGAGAAGGAAUGGUCCAGGGUUUCCCUCUCGCGGACUCCCCCGUUCGACGCUCUCAAUAGCCCGAGCCUCCCGCAACGCUACGCUCCCAUCCGCGGGCGGCCUCGACCGUUGCCCCCGGAAGCCAAGGCGGAGGCGGUCGCCGGGGCGGGGGCGGGGGUUGGGCCCAACGCUGACGGGCCGGGGUGGUUCUUUGCACCCCCGGACCAGAUGGCGCCCAAGGGGGACGCGUACCGGGGGAGCGACAGCUUCCACAGCGCCGACGCCAGCGCCAGCACGACGGUCCGCGGGGACUCCUCCGGGAGCUUCGUCAGCCCUUCGCAGGGCGGGAGCGGCGGAACGGACGAUGGUCGGAGGCCGAGGCGACGAGACAACGGCGGCAGCGGCGGCGACCACGCGUCAACGCGAUGUUUCGACGGUGGCGGCGGUGGUGGUGGAGUUUGGGAAGAGACCACCUUGGUCGAUGGCCUCGGCGACGCCAUCAACCCUGCGCGGGAGGCGCAGUGCCGGAUGAUGAACCGGGCGGCAGUGGCGGGGGAAGAGGGAAAGGCGCACCUUGGACGGCGGUGGGAAGAAACCGGGACCCCGUCACUGGGUUCGCGGAACACGCGAGGGAGCGGGAAUAGGUGGCACAAGAAGGUCGAGCAGUCGCGGCAGUACCUGCGAAGGUGGGAGGUUUUUCUCAGCCGGGCCCACCGGCACUUCGACGGGGAGGCGGACGUUCGAAAGCGAAUGUCCGUGAUUCGUCGAGCCCACCCGGACGUGAGCAACGAGGUCGCUUUCGUCGCGCUUGCGCAGUCCCGCGGCCGGUCGUCAGAGGCGGCCGCAGUGCUCCACCUGCCUCGGGCCAAGGACGAAGCCGCCCUGGUCGCCAUGAUGCUCGACGUGACGGCUUUCAUCGGCCUCGCGCGGGAGGCCGCCGAGAGGCGGCGACGGUCGCGGCAGCUCGAGCAUCAGCGCCGCCGGAUGGAGACGGUAGCGGGAGGAGCGGCGAAACGUCCAGCCCACCACCACCAGGGCAAGGGAGAGCAUCGGCAGCCGUCAUGGCGCCAGCAUCAGCGUCAGCAGGAGGAGUGGUACUCUCAUCCCGAAGAUCACCGGCGAGAUAGUGCUGAGGACAAACAACGUCUCAACAACUACAUCUGGGAGCAGCAGCAGCAGCGCCAGAAGCAGGGAGAAGAACGGCGGAGCGGGCACGAAUGGGCGAGAGAUGAUGCGUCGACAGGCGUAAUCGGUGACGCAGCCGAAAACAAUUGGCAUUCACAGCGCAACAAACAGGAUUAUGGUGCAGAACCAAUUUCAGCAGGGGGGAAUGCUGGUCGGAGUCGGGGCGAAGCACAGAGCCGGAGAUCAGACUCCGCUCCAUCGCUGCUGCCGCCCAUCGAGGGGUGGCUGACGGAGGGCACGCCGCCAUCCCCGAACUCCUUGAAGACGGUGCUUUCGACUUCGACGAGCGUGGCUGUCGGGGUGCCAAGCGGGUUCGGCUUGGCAUCGGUGGCGGGGGUGGCGUCGAAGGGAGAGGGGGGGAAGAUCGUUCGAGUCCGCAGCUCCAAGAGCACGAGCAGGGAGCUGAGGGCCAUGCUGCGCGCUCGCGCUCGGUGGCAGAGUCAACGGAUGGCGGAGAUGGCGACGCCGGGCAGCACGGAGCAGCGCCAACAGCAGGGUUGGGGGGGGUCAGGUCUCGACGCGCUCGCGGAGCGGUUUCUUCGUGAGACUGACACGCUCGAUCGCGACAGCAAAGAUCUCGACACCCGCCUUCGAGGACGGCAGAAAAACAAGCGAGGGCCGUCAAAACUGAGAGGACCUCACAACGACGGGGGGGGUGGGCGCGGGGAACGAAGGGUCUUCGGGAAUGGUGGUGGUGAUGCUGCGUGGCGUGGUGGUGACAGUGGUGACGGAGUGGGUGGUCGUGGUGGUGGUAGAGGUAGAGGUGGCAGCGGCCGGAGGCGACCAUCGUUGUCGUCGUCGUCGUCGUCGUCGUCGAUGUUUUUGGCGUCGGUAAAUCGCGACCCGAACGCGCCGUUCAUGUCGCUAGAGACGCCAGCAGCGGUAGUAGUAGUCGACGGAGGGAGCGGCGUGUGCUCAACGUCGUCGUUCGCUGCCGCUGCCGUUUCGGAUCCUGCUACGGCGGCGGCGGCGUCAGCCGCUUCUUGUGCGGUUGAGGCUGACGGGGGUGAGGACAGAGAGAGCUGUCGGGAGCAAGGCUAUUUUACGCAGGCAGGGGGUUGGAGAUGA